AUGCGGAUGGAUGAGAAGUGGCCAGAGCUCGUCGAAACUGAGCUCACGGCGGCCACCAGAGCACGGGAUCAGAGCUACAGUGGCCAUGGCACUGUGUGCAUGGAACCUAUAGCAUCUACGGGAGCACACGAACUCAACGGUCACGUGCACAGACCUGUCCAUCACCGGAGCUACGUCGGCGACGAGCUCGGGCGGUGGCGCGUUUCGUCUCUGUUUGCCCCGCGCAGCCGCCUUCCUCUCUCAUCGACCAACGCCAGUGUAGCUCCCCCCACCCCCACCGCCGGCGUAGCCCCUCACCACCGCAGCUGUACCGCCUCGCACCCCAAUCCGCCCUCCAUUGGAGUGCAAGCCUUCGCCGCCCCCGCCCCCAACUAUCCACCACCGACGGAGGCCCUCCAACCAGCAAACCACUGUCGCGCGUCAUCGCCCCCCAUCACGCGCGGCAGCCACUCCGCCCCUCCACCGCCCCAACAGCCACUGCAUCCUACUGCCGACCACUGCUGUCGUCACCCCACUCCAGAGCGGCGCCUCCGAGCACCCCGUCGGACACCAUCGUUAUCGCCAAGCCACACCACCGGCGGACACCAUCCUUCAUGGAAGGCCUUCGUCCCCAGGAACUACUACGUACACUCGUGCACUUCCACCCCGAGCAGGCUUCACCGAGCAUCAAGUCAUGGGUCCGCCUCCUCCACAAGCCCCCGAAGCAGCAGACCACAUGUUGGCCCUCCUCUCCGGCGAGCGGCUUUUCCUGCUGAACAUCCUUUCGCUGGACAUCGCUGCCUCCUGUACUUCAUUGGACAGUUGGAAGUGGACAAGUCAACGGCAAAUGUAGCAAUGCGACCACAAGCAAGUUGAGGAGGUUUCCCAAAGAUACACAACAAGUUGGAGGUUUCAAAGAUCUACAAGUAGUUGAAGAUCUGGAAGACCUUCAAUUUCCAGUGUUGGGAUGAUAAUGUAAUAUGUUUGUUGAACCUAGAGACUAGCUCUGCCCAUUUUGGUGGCUGUUAAGCCACUGUAUGGCCACUUCCCCAUUUGUGGCACAACUUUAUUUUGGCUAUGUGGCACAUCUAGAAACUGUUUGUUGAACCUGGAGACUAGCUCCUGCCCAUUUUGGUGGCUGUUAAGCCACUUCCCCUUUUGUGGCACAACUUCAUUUGGUUAUGUGCCAUCUCAAAACAUAUAUAUGUACUUGUUAUAUUUGCUUCCUAUGUUUAUCGAAUGCAGUAUGAGGC